GUUCAGUCAAACGAGCACCCUCGUAUAGUAUCGAUCAACCCCCAAGAUCAAGCGAGUCCAGACUACUUGAUCAACUCCAUGAACCGGCUCCAUGUACAGACCGAGAAGGCUCCCAACAAGAACACGCCGAAGCCAGGAGGCAUAGCUGCCAUGAAUGACAUUGAUGCUGCUGCUCCCCUCUUCUACUUGGGGUAUACCUUCUUCAAGGCCACCCCCACCCCCGGGAAGAAGAGCACAUGGAGUCAAGUGGAGAGAGCGAAGAUGAACCUUAGCCAAUCGGACUUGAUGAACAUGGUGGUCAACCGGACCAAGAAGCUACCCGUGGCCGAGCAAUACCAUUCUUUGUCCAAGGUGAAGCGGGCCCACGUCGACCAACUGAUUCACGAGCUUAGGUCCAGCGGUCCCCGAUUCGAAUGGGCUUGCGUCUAUGUGAAGGAGGACGAGAAACCUGUUAGGGGCAAGAAUACUCGACGCGGUGAUUAUGAGACGGUCUCGUUAGAAGUCAUCAUCCGGAAGAAGGCUGCAAGUCUGGUAUACCCACAGGUUUCUGUCAAUGAACCUGUGGAGAGAAUAACCCCUACCGGAGACACCUUUCAAGCCCCUAGCAGCUAUACUCUGUUCAACAGGGAACCCAGGCCUGCCGUCCAUCAAGGGUCUGUUGUUCCCCAAGGGCCUGCCGUGCUUCAGGAACCUGCCACCCAUCAAAGAACAGUGCCCGCAAGCAUGGCUGAUAUCCAGCAGCCACUGCCUUCCAGGCCGAAUCACCAGCCUCCACCUCCUCCACCACAGCAUUCAUUCCCGCCAGGAGUACAGCGGCCCAUCCCCCAGGAGCAAUGGGCGGCUUGGAUACAGCAAGGGAUGCCAGCUGCUGCGCACCCACAAUAUCGUCCUUCUGCAGGAACUCAUGAUUCUACAGCCACUCUUACAGAGCAUGAGACGCAAAGGGGCAUCCCACAGAUGCCAAACAUGUGGAAUGAUCCUCGCGGAGCUUCUGUCACACAGGGUACGGUCCAUCGAGGUCCCAAUAUUCAUCUCCAACCCAGCCCGUUGAAGCCACCCGAGUUGCAUGAGCUGGGUAAGACCAGGGCUCAUACCCCCACGCAUCCUAAGCCUAAUCAUAUCAACGCGGCAAUGCCCGUCGCAGAGCCAGAGACAGACUUAGCCAUUGAGUCAAGUAGUAUGGGCGAUGGGGAGUCUGAGUUCGACUUUGACGACGAAAGUUCAAUGUCCGAGGCUUCGGAUGAGGGGUUAGAAGCCGAAGAGAACCCUCAACCUCAACCAUGGCGAGGCAGUCUCUACCGUCGCCAUUCGGCCCCCAGCACCAAGCAGGUUUAUCGAACGCACUAUCGCAAACAGCCUCAGAAAAGCAGUUCAAAUCAGGGGACAGGGCGCAGUGGUUACCCUGCUGGUUCCAUUGAUGUGGUCCCUGCCAAGAGUAAUCAUAACGACCCUAGGGUCAUUCUCAGCCGAGAAGUUACACGGCCGGCCCGAGAUCGGCCCAAGAUUAUCCAGGCGCCUGUUCCUCCCGAGGGGUUAGACAUGAAGCAACUGGUCGAGGAGAGAAUUGGCCGCUAUGAUGGCGGACGGAUGCGAAACGAUAUUCGAACGCGGAUGUUGGACGAUCGGGAGGCGCGACUGGAGCAUCGCGAGAGACUAUUAGACCUCAAAGCGCGGGUCCUGGAGGAGUGGGACAGUACAUGUUACCUGCCCCGACGCAUGUCACUCCGUGACUCAGGGUCAUUUUAUGCCCGACGAUAU